CACUUAUUUUGGAGGAGAUUGCAAUAGACUGUCACAACAAGGAGACUGAGCAGAGGUUACUUCAAGAAGCUCACGACUUACACCUCUCCUCGCUCCAGUUAGCUAAAAAAGCCUUCGGGGAGUUCAACGUGCAAACAGCGAAACACUAUGGCAACCUUGGGAGACUGUAUCAGUCCAUGAGGAAGUUUAAGGAAGCAGAAGAAAUGCACAUCAAGGCAAUUCAGAUUAAGGAGCAGCUUCUGGGUCAAGAGGAUUACGAAGUGGCCCUGUCAGUGGGUCAUCUAGCUUCUCUCUACAACUAUGACAUGAAUCAGUAUGACAACGCCGAAAAGCUUUAUUUGAGAUCCAUAGCAAUCGGAAAGAAGCUUUUUGGUGAAGGAUACAGUGGACUUGAGUAUGAUUACAGAGGUCUCAUUAAACUGUACAAUUCCAUUGGCAAUUAUGAGAAAGUUUUUGAAUACCACAAUAUUUUGGCCAAUUGGAACCGGUUGCGGGAUCGGCAGUUCUCCGUUACGGAUGCUCUGGAGGACGUAAGCACCAGCCCUCAAUCCACUGAAGAAGUGGUCCAGUCGUUUCUGAUGUCUCAGAGCGCUGACGGACAGAGUAGCUAAGAACUUGGUCAGUUAACCCGUUAAGGUUUUUCUCCCCCAGGUUACAGGGGGAAAAGUCAUACUGUGAAAUCUAUACCAUGUAGUUCUCUGGGGGCUGGAAUUUGCAUUGAAACACUGGUCCAGUCUGCUGAAGAGUGCCCAUACGGAUGGAUGUGUGUUAAAUUCCUCUCGGCAUGUGUACGGCAUGUUUAGCUCGGCUCACGUUUUUAACUUGGUAUUCCCGAAAACCCUGACUUUUCUCUCUUCUUUCAAAAGAAGCUACUUUGCAGAAAGUCUGCAAGAAAACAUUAAAUAAAACUGUUUGAGUUCAAAAGA